AUGACCCAGAACUGCUCAGUCUCAUUAAUGUUCCCAAAAAACCUUGGGAACACCAGGAGUCCUCAGCAGUCACUGGCUGGGGGACAACAGCUGUUGCCGGGUAAAAAGUUUUGGGAAUCUGAUGAUUCCAGCAAAGAUGGACCAAAAGGGAUAUUUCUGGGAGAUCAGUGGAGAGACAGUGCUUGGGGAGCAUCAGAUCACUCUGUUUCCCAACCCAUUAUGGUUCAGAGAAGACCUGGGCAGGGCUUUCACGUGAACAGUGAAGUCAACUCGGUGCUUUCCCCCCGGUCAGAGAGUGGAGGACUGGGUGUGAGCAUGGUGGAGUAUGUGUUGAGCUCAUCUCCUGGAGAUUCCUGCCUAAGGAAAGGAGGAUUUGGGCCAAGGGAUGCAGAGAAUGAUGAGAAUGACAAAGGGGAUAAGAAAAAUAAGGGCACGUUUGAUGGUGAUAAAUUGGGAGAUCUGAAGGAGGAGGGGGAUGUGAUGGACAAAACAAAUGGUUUGCCUGUUCAGAACGGGAUCGACGCAGAUGUCAAAGACUUCAGCCGCACGCCCGGGAACUGCCAGAACUCGGCGAGCGAGGUGGAUCUGCUGGGCCCCAACCAGAACGGAUCCGAGGGCUUGGCCCAGCUGGCCAGUACCAACGGGGCCAAGCCUGUGGAGGACUUCUCCCUGUUCCAAAGACCCAACGCCCUGGCGGUGCAGCAGCUGACGGCAGCACAGCAGCAGCAAUACGCCCUGGCUGCUGCCCACCAGCCACACAUAGGUUUAGCUCCUGCUGCCUUUGUUCCCAACCCCUACAUCAUCAGCGCGGCUCCCCCGGGGACGGAUCCGUACGCGGCCGGACUGGCGGCAGCUGCCACCUUAGGUUGGAAGGUUCUCCGUGGAGGAGCCAGCCAGCGUCCCUUGACCCCCAACCAGAACCAGCAGGGCCAGCAGACGGACCCACUGGUGGCCGCGGCCGCCGUCAACUCCGCCCUCGCCUUCGGCCAGGGGCUGGCAGCAGGAAUGCCAGCGGUGGCGGCGGCCGCGGCCUCGGCCAACGGCGCGGCGGGAGGGCUGGCAGGGACAACCAACGGACCAUUCCGGCCUCUGGGGACGCAGCAGCCCCAGCCCCAGCCCCAGCAGCAGCCCACCAACAACCUGGCCUCCAGCUCCUUCUAUGGCAACAACUCCCUGAGCAGCAAUUCCCAGAGCAGCUCCCUCUUCUCUCAGGGCUCUGCCCAGCCUGCCAACACCUCCCUGGGCUUCGGCAGCAGCAGCUCCCUGGGGGCCACGCUGGGCUCUGCACUGGGAGGAUUUGGGACAGCAGUAGCAAACUCCAACACGGGCAGCGGCUCCCGCCGGGACUCGCUGACGGGGAGCAGUGACCUGUACAAGAGGACAUCGAGCAGUUUGACCCCCAUAGGACACAGUUUUUACAAUGGCCUUGGCUUCUCCUCCUCUCCUGGCCCUGUGGGAAUGCCUCUGCCCAGCCAAGGACCCGGCCACUCCCAGACUCCUCCACCUUCCUUAUCUUCACAUGGAUCAUCUUCCAGUCUAAACCUGGGUAAGAGAUGUUGGCCCAGUCCCUGCUCUGCUGUCCUUGCCAUGCUGGGGGGGAUUCCUGCUGCCCUCAGUCCCUGGUUUUUUGCACAAGGAGGAGGUGAAACACCGAAGCAGGAGUUGUCGGCGGCCCCGGGCGCCGAGGCCAAGUACCGCAGUGCCAGCAGUGCCUCCAGCCUGUUCAGCCCCAGCAGCACCCUGUUCCCCUCGUCCCGGCUGCGCUACGGCAUGUCCGACGUGAUGCCCUCCGGCCGCAGCCGCCUGCUCGAGGACUUCCGCAACAACCGCUACCCCAACCUGCAGCUGCGCGAGAUCGCCGGCCACAUCAUGGAAUUCUCCCAGGACCAGCACGGCUCCAGGUUCAUUCAGCUGAAACUGGAACGUGCCACCCCAGCAGAGCGUCAGCUGGUGUUCAACGAGAUCCUGCAGGCAGCUUAUCAGCUCAUGGUGGAUGUGUUUGGGAACUACGUCAUCCAGAAGUUCUUUGAAUUUGGCAGCCUGGAGCAGAAGCUGGCCCUGGCCGAGCGCAUCCGCGGGCACGUGCUGUCGCUGGCGCUGCAGAUGUACGGCUGCAGGGUGAUCCAGAAGGCCCUGGAGUUCAUCCCCCCAGACCAGCAGAACGAGAUGGUUCGGGAGCUGGACGGGCACGUCCUCAAGUGUGUGAAGGACCAGAACGGGAACCACGUGGUGCAGAAGUGCAUUGAGUGUGUGCAGCCUCAGUCCCUGCAGUUCAUCAUCGAUGCCUUCAAGGGCCAGGUGUUCGCGUUGUCCACACACCCCUACGGCUGCCGCGUGAUCCAGAGGAUCCUGGAGCACUGUCUCCCCGAGCAGACCCUGCCCAUCCUGGAGGAGCUUCACCAGCACACCGAGCAGCUGGUGCAGGAUCAGUAUGGGAACUAUGUUAUCCAGCAUGUGCUAGAACAUGGUCGGCCCGAGGAUAAGAGCAAGAUUGUAGCAGAAAUUAGAGGCAACGUGCUCGUGUUGAGUCAACAUAAAUUUGCUAGUAACGUGGUGGAGAAGUGUGUGACGCACGCGUCGCGCACGGAGCGGGCCAUGCUGAUCGACGAGGUGUGCACCAUGAACGACGGCCCCCACAGUGCCUUAUACACCAUGAUGAAGGAUCAAUAUGCCAACUACGUGGUGCAGAAGAUGAUUGAUGUGGCAGAGCCAGCCCAGAGGAAGAUUGUCAUGCACAAGAUCCGGCCUCACAUCGCGACCCUGCGCAAAUACACCUACGGCAAACACAUCCUGGCCAAGCUGGAGAAGUACUACAUGAAGAACGGGGUGGACCUGGGGCCCAUCUGCGGCCCCCCCAACGGCAUCAUCUGAGGGGGCCCCAGCAGAGCCACCCCCGGCCCCCACAACCAGCAACCACCACCACCCCAGCUCACACUAAAGAUCCACCUCGACGGUUGCUAAAAAAAAAAAAAACUUAAAAAAGAAAAAAAAAAAAAAAAAAACAGACAAAGAAAAGCAAAGCCUUUGUAAAUUUCUUUAAUUUUAUUAUGCAUAACAUGUACUAAUUAUUUUUUUUAAUUAACUAAUUGCCCUGCUGUUUUACUGGUGUAUAGAAUACUUGUACAUAGGUCUCAGAUGUACAUGGAAGGCCACAUUUUUUUUUUUUUGUUCACUGUUGUAUCUAUAUUCCAAAUGUGGAAACUUUCAGGGUGGUUGGUUUGAAGAAAACAAACGGGGAAAAAAAAAACCAAACAAACAAACCCUUUUUAAUUCAUCUGCCUCACAGACAAAACAUUUUACAAACACUUCUUUGCUUUUAAUUUUUUUUUCCUUUUAGGCAAAAAUCAGCCAGAAGUUUGAAUUUCAGUUCAACGACCCGACGCAUUUAACCCUGUUUAUAAAUAACUAAAAAGAACAAAAAUUCAACUUAUAGCUUGGGUUUUAAAAAAAAACAAAACAAAACACACACGAACCAAGAAAGAAAAUUCAGUUUUUAAACCUUUUUAAUUGCUUUCUUUCCGAUGUUUUUAUUUUAUUGGUGAGUAUAAACAUGCUGAAGGAGGGAGCUUAGCUGGCGUUUUGGGGGGAGAAAACACCCAGAGGUUUUAAAAGUGGGGGGUGGGGGUACCUGUUUACUGCCUCCUCUGGUCUGUUCACCUGGAGAGACACAAAAUUUGAUUAUUUAGCAUGAGGAAAAAAAAGAAAACAGAAAAAAAAAAACAAAAAUCCAACUCGGCUUUGGUCUUGCUUCUAUAAAUAUAUAGUGUAUACUUGGUGUAGACUUUACAUAUAUAAAAAUUUGUAGUAUUUUCUUGUUUUGAUGUCUGAUCUGUAUCUAUAAUGUACCCUAGUAGUGGAACAUACUUCUGACUGUACAAUUGUACAUUUGUAAACCUCUGUAAUGUAAAUGUGGAGAAGUUUGAAUCGACAUAAAAACCUGUUUUUUGGUAAGAAAACAAAAAAAAAAAGAAUUAGCAAAACCUGUGCAUUUCAGUGUAUAUUCACACCUUUUAUGGUCGUAGCAUAUAGUGUUGUAUAUUGUAAAUUGUAAUUUCAACCAGAAGUAAAUUUUUUCUUUUGAAGGAAAUGUUCUCUUUAUACAGCCUAGUUAAUGUUUAAAAAAAAAAGAAAGAAAAAUAAAUGCUUGGUUUUAUUUGUCACCUAGUUGAACGGUAGCGAUCCUUUCUAAAUGUUCUACAAAACUGAUUCAGUUCCAAAUAGUGUUUUUUUGACUCUUACAAAGUAAUGUUUUGCUUAUUUUGUGACAGUAAGAAACAAAAAAGUGCAAAAGUACAGCCCCCCCCCCCAGUUUUCCUUACAAUCAGAGUCCCUUUUCACCUUGUAAAGUGUGAAUCACCUCCCCUUUUUGUACAGAAGAUGAACUGUAUUUUGCAUUUUGUCUACUUGUAAGUGAAUGUAACAUACUGUCAAUUUUCCUUGUUUGAAUAUAGAAUUGUAACACUACACGGUGUACAUUUACAGAGCCUUGUGUAUAUUUCCAAUGAACUUUUUUGCAAGCACACUUGUAACCAUAUGUGUAUAAUUAACAAACCUGUGUAUGCUUAUGCCUGGGCGACUAUUUUUUGUAACUCUUGUGUAGAUUGUCUCUAAACAACGUGUGAUCUUUAUUUUGAAAAAUACAGAACUUUGGAAUCUGG